GCUAUCGUGUGUACAUACUACAAGUUUAUCAGUUAAUAGUGGAUUUAAGAUGACUCUGUGUAAAUAGGCAAGGCAAGUGUUUUCUAGUUGGAUUUUUUGGAUUUACUAUGUUUCUAGUGACAAUAUAAUUACUACUCCAUUAGGAGGUGCACAAAUACAAGUUUCUGAAGUUACCAGUACAAAUCAAAGCAAAGCAAAGGAAAAGUUGGCACGCUUUACGAAUUUCUGUAACUGAUUUGGGGUCCUCUGUUACUCAUGCAGACAACCAGUCUGCGGAAAAGAUAUAAAACGGAACCGGAAGACAUCGAAAAAAUUGCGUCGAUAUAUUCAGACAACAAAGACGAAUAUAUAAGGAAUUCACCGUCUCGGGGAUUUUCAUCCCCUAUUAAGAUACAAUGGCAGCCUCUCUUCAAGAAAUUACAAAACUAAAGGUUGAUGACGCGACGAAUUUUGAAAGCGGUCAACAGAAAGACAACGAAAGGGUGUCACCAAGACGUGCUACAUGGACAACGCAGUUUGACUUCAUUAUGGCGUCAGUAGCGUGUGCUGUAGGUCUUGGUAACAUUUGGCGUUUCCCGUAUCUAUGCUAUAAAAAUGGAGGAGGCGCAUUCCUGGUACCCUACGUUUUAUCAUUCCUCUUGGUGGCAGCUCCUUCAUUUCUCGCUGAAAUAAGCCUGGGCCAAUACAUGAGCUCUGGUGUUGUCGGGGCAUGGAAAAUGAUCCCUGUAUUCCAAGGUUUGGGGUUCGCGUCCCAAGUGAUUCUGCUUUACACGAAUGUAUAUUACAUCAUCGUUGUUGCAUGGGCUCUGUACUACAUCGCCGUGUCCUUCACCUCACAGUUACCGUGGGCAACGUGUGGAAAUUCUUGGAAUUCCGAAAGAUGUUAUGUGACUGGUAUGUCUUUGGAGAGAACUAAACUCGUGACAAACUGCAGCGCAGGAUACCAGAACGGAACAAAUUGUGACACAUAUAAUGUUACAGUAGGACCUCCAGUGGACGCAGUUGUUGAAUACUGGGAAAGACGGGUAUUGAACAUGUCAAAUGGAAUACAAGAACCUGGUUCGCUAGUACCAGGACUAACUGUGGCCCUACUGGUUGCCUGGGUGUUGGUGUAUUUGUGUAUAUGUCGUGGUGUAAGAUGGACUGGCAAGAUUGUAUAUUUCACCGGCAUUGCUCCAUACGUUCUCCUGCUGGUGAUUUUCAUCCGUGGGGUAACAUUGAAGGGAGCAUCUACUGGUCUAAUAUAUUACCUGAAACCAGACUUCAGCCGCCUUGCCGAAGCUCAAGUUUGGAUAGAUGGAGGAACACAGAUCUUAUAUUCUAUCGGAAUUGGACAAGGGUAUAUGCUCGCUCUUGGGAGUUACAGCAAGUUUAAAACAAACUGUAUUAGAAACGGAUUAGUAAUAAUCUGUAUCAACAGCGUCACAAGUAUUUUUGGUGGACUGGCAGUUUUUUCAAUUCUCGGCUUCAUGUCAUAUGAAACACAAGUUCCUAUAGAAAAGGUUGCUACACAAGGUCCAGGUUUAGUGUUUCUGGCCUACCCGAAGGCUGUCACACAGAUGCCACUUUCACCUCUAUGGUCUGUCUUAUUUUUCCUGACCAUCUUGUUCGUUGGACUGGAUAGUGAGUUUGCUUCCGUAGAGGCCGCUUUGACAACAUUUCUUGAUAGAUUUCCGUCUGUUCUCUACAAACCGAGGAACCGAAUGAUAUUUGUUGCAGUCUACUGUGUGGCAUGUUUCCUGAUUGGUUUGACAAUGGUAACACAGGGUGGGGUGUACCUGUUCCGUCUAAUAGAUUACUAUUGUGUAAGCGGGCUAGUACUGCUUGCUAUGGCAUUCUGUGAAGCAAUUGCGAUAGCUUGGGUGUUUGGGGCUGAUCGAUUUUAUGACGUUCUAGAAAUGAUGGUCGGAUAUAGAAGUGGACCAUGGCUAAAAUUUUCAUUGAAAUUUUUCGCCCCGUUGAUAGUUAUGGGCAUAUUCUGGUUCCAGCUGUUGAGGUACAAACCUCUUACAUUUAGCGAAACUUACGAAUAUCCAACUGGUGCAACUGUCUUUGGUUUUAUUUUAACACUGUCGUCAAUAGCUUGUGUACCAAUAACAGCUAUAUACCAUGUUGUUACAACGACAGGGUCACUGAAACAGAGACUAAUUAAAGUGACAACUCCAGCUCUAAAGAAACAUCAAAUUAGUCCGCUAUGGAAGGACACUGAUUACAGAUGGACACUAAAAGAAUAUAAAUACCACGAUGCUAACAAUCCCUUCUCAAUAGAUGAUGAAAUAAAUAGUACCAGUAUGGAUUGAUGGUAGGAAUAUACUUAGAUGAUGAAAUAAAUAGUACCAGUAUGGACUGAUAGCAGGAAUAUACUUAGAUGAUGAAAUAUAUAGUACUAGUAUGGAGCGAUAGCAGGAAUAUACUUAGAUGAUGAAAUAAAUAGUACCAGUAUGGAUUGAUAGUAGGAAUAUACUUAGAUGAUGAAAUAAAUACCACGAUGCUAACAAUCCCUUCUCAAUAGAUGAUGAAAUAAAUAGUACCAGUAUGGAUUGAUGGUAGGAAUAUACUUAGAUGAUGAAAUAAAUAGUACCAGUAUGGACUGAUAGCAGGAAUAUACUUAGAUGAUGAAAUAAAUAGUACCAGUAUGGAUUGAUAGCAGGAAUAUACUUAGAUGAUGAAAUAAAUAGUACCAGUAUGGAUUGAUAGCAGGAAUAUACUUAGGUGAUGAAAUAAAUAUUACCAGUAUGGAUUGAUAGCAGGAAUUAUUAUUAUUAUUAUACCAGAUUUAUAUAGCGAAGGAAUAUACCUUUAUAGGUGCAUCAUUUUGAUGUAGCAGAAAUUGUGACUAUUGUGUAUCUGAAUGUGAUCAUUCGAAUAAUAUUAUAUCUAAAGGGAAUGUUAUGUUCAAAUUUAUCAUUCCCUCUACCUAAUACAGUAAUUCAUUCUGUAAUUUUAUGAUCUAUUCUAAAUAGUGACUAGAUUUCCAAGCUUAUACAAGGUAUGAUAUUUCUUAACCACAGAUCUGUAGACAAAGCCUAUAAAAUUGAACUGCAGACAAAGUUUUUGUUCUGAUCUGCAGAUAAAGCCUGUACCACUAGAUCAAGCCUCAAACACUAGACCAUAUCCUCAGGUUCAUACUAUAUAUAAACAACUACGUUGUUAUUUUUGUUUGUUUGUUUAGGGUUUAAUGCCGUUUUUCAACAGUUUUUCAGUCAUGUAACGGCGGGCAGUUAACCUAAUGAGUGUUCCUGGAUUCUGUACCAGUACAAACCUGUUCUCCGCAAGUAACUGCCAACUUCCCCACAUGUAUCAGAGGUGGAGGACUAAUGAUUUCAGACACAAUGUCGUUUAUCAAACAGUCACGGAGAACAUUAGCCCCAGCCCGAGGAUCGAACUCACGACCCCGCGAUCCGUAGACCGACGCUCUACCUACUGAGCUAUGCGGGCGGAUACGUUGUUAUUUUCGUAGUCCUGGUAUAUCCUGGGGGUCGAACGUGUUUGGGUAGGUUGACAUUUUAAGCGAGAGCAAAAGGUUAGUUGACACAAAAUGGCCGAUAUAAGCACGUAAACACGAUACAAGCUCAGUAUUACUUUUAAAUAUAUUAUUUCAACAUUAUUGCGGUUAUUUAAACAGUUUAACCUUUCCGGGAUACUGUGAACUUGACCUUUGAUCAAUAGGGGUCAUUUGCUGGUCGUGUUCAACCUCCCUAUUAGAUGUCCUGAUCCUUGACCCAAGCGUUUAAAGUUAUCAUCUGGAAACUGUUUCACUGUUCUGGGUUACUGUGACCUUGACCUUUGACCUAUUGUCCUCAAAAUCAAUACGAGUUAUCUGCUGGUCAUGAUCAACGUACCUAUCAACUUUCAUGAUCGUAGGCCCAAGCGUCCUUGAGUUAUCAUCGGGAAACCGUUUAACUGUUCUAGGUCACUUUGACCUUGACCUUUGACCUACUAACCUCAAAAUAAAUAGGGGUCAUUUGCUAGUCAUGACCAACCUACCUAUCAACUUUCAUGAUCUAUACCCAAGCGUUCUUGAGUUAUCAUGUAGAAACCGUUUUACUGUCCCGCGCCACUGUGACCUUUAUCUUUGAGCUAUUAAUCUCAAAAUUAGAAAGAGUCAUCUGCUGGUCAUGACCAAUCUUCCUAUCAACUUUCAUGAUCCUAUGCUCAAGCGUUCUUAAGGAAUCAUCCAGAAACUGAUCUGUGUACAUAAGGACCGACAUACGGACCGACCGGCAGACAUCUGCAAAACAAUAUACCCCUCCUUCUCCGAGGGUGGGGGAGGGGGGCAUAAAGAUUGAUAAUACACUUAUGUAAUAAACUUUUCACGUCGACGUCGUUUAAAGUAUAUGAAACGUUGGUCAAAUUAACUUGUUUUAAAUAGCAAAGGAAGAAGAUCUUUUAUCAUUAAGGCAGGAAAAACAUGUGAUAAAAAGAAAAUAACAUUUGUGAUUGUCCGCAUUGAAUUUUUAAAACUUGUUGAAUAAACUUGAUAAAAUUCU